UAAAGGCGACUAGAACGGGGCGGGGGAAAAGAAGCGCGUCCGUUCGCUGCGCUCCGGGACCGGCCAGCGGGGCCUGCCCAGCCCCGGCGGGGCGGAACGGCACGGUGGGGUUCGGUGGGGCAUGGGCCGGGCCCCCCAACCCCCCCAGGCCCCCCCCGCCGCCGCCGCCGCCUGAAGGGAUGGAGCGGCGGGCGCUGUGUGCGGGGCUGUACUGGCUGCUGCUGCCGCUCGCCCUGCUCGCCGCCUGCCUCUUCCGAUUCAACGUCCUCUCCUUGGUGUACCUGCUCUUCCUACUGCUCCUGCCCUGGUUCCCGGGGCCCACCCAGCACUCUGCCGGAGGUCACACCAGCCGCCUCCUCAAAGCUCUUCUGGGGACCAGCAUCCUCUUCCUCCUCGCCCACUUCGUUUUCCAAAUAUGCCUAUACACGCUGCCCAUCCUGGACCAGCUGCUGGGGCCCAGCUGCAGCACCUGGGAGGUCCUCGCCCGGCACAUCGGGGUCACCAGGCUGGACUUGAGCGACAUCCCCAAUUCGGUGCGUCUCGUGGCACCCGACGUUGGCAUCCUGCUGGCCUCGUCCCUCUGCCUGUGCCUGUGCCGCCGUCUCGUCCCCAAGGCCGGUGCUGCCGCCCGCGGCCGGAGGCCGGAGUCCGUGGACCCCCGUGAGCGGGGGGAAGAGGAGGACGUGGAGCGGCGCGGCGGCACGGCCGACGGGGACACGCCGCUGAGCGCCAGGCUGCGGGUGACGGCUCACUGGCUGCUCUGGGCGGCCGGGAAGGGCCUGGCCAUCCUGCUGCUGGCCUUGGCCGGGAUCACCCUGCCCUCCGCCUCCUCCAGCGUCUACUACCUGCUCUUCGUGGGGCUGUGCACGUGGUGGGCUUGCCACCUCCCCACCAGCCGCCUGGCCUUCGACACCCUCUGCUUCCUCGUCGGCGUCUACGCCGGCGGCCACCUCCUCUGCCUCUAUGCCUACCAGACGCCCUUCGUCCAGGGGGUCUUCCCGCCCCCCACCAUCUGGGCACGGCUGUUCGGCUUCAAGGACGUGGUCCUGUACCGCAACUGCUCCCGGCCCAACGCCCUGGUGCUCAACACCGGCCACCCCUGGCCCGUCUACGCCAACCCCGGCAUCCUGCUCCUGCUCUACUACACCGUGGCCACCCUGGUGAAGCUGCGCCGGCUGGAUGCCAGGAGAACCGCGGUGCCGGCACAGCCGCCGGCAAGGUGCUCGGCGAGGGAGCUGGUGGAGCUGGAGAGCUGGCCCAAGGACACCGACGGCGUGGCCGAGGACACCAAGCCCAUGCUAUCCCCCAGCACCGGGAAGCCGGGCAGCGGUGCCGAGAACUGCACCGUCCACGUCAUGGGCAACUCACCGCAGCCGGGCAGGAGGCGUCCGGCGGAGCGGCUGCCCCUGCACGCCCUGGGCCACGUCAUCAUGAACCAGAGCUACGUCUGUGCCCUCAUCGCCAUGAUGGUGUGGAGCAUCACCUACCACAGCUGGCUGACCUUCGUGCUGCUGCUCUGGGCAUGCCUCAUCUGGACGGUGCGGAGCCGGCAUCACUUCGCCAUGCUCUGCUCGCCUUUCCUCCUCCUCUACGGCAUCGCUCUCUGCAGCCUGCAGUACGUCUGGGGUAUGGAUCUGGCCCCCGAGCUGCCCACCCGCGUCGGCUUCAUGAGCCUCGAACAGUUGGGGCUGGUGCACCCCAAAUAUCCCUGCUUGGACCUGGGGGCCAAGCUCCUGCUCACCCUCACCUUCUGGCUGCUGCUGCGGCAGUUCGUUAAGGAGAAGCUGCUAACGAGGAGGUGCCCGGCCACCCCGCUCCUGGAGGUGACCGUCUCGGACACGGAGCCCAGCCGGCAGCGGGACGUGCUGAAGGCGCUGGGGGUCCUGGUGCGGGAUUUCUAUGCCAAAUACUGGAUCUGCGUCUGCGCCGGCAUGUUCAUCGUGGUGAGCUUCGCCGGGCGCCUCGUCGUCUACAAGAUCGUCUACAUGUUCCUUUUCCUCCUCUGCCUCACCCUCUUCCAGGUGUACUACAGCCUGUGGCGCAAGGUGCUGAAGGGCUUCUGGUGGCUGGUGGUGGCGUACACCAUGCUGGUGCUCAUCGCCGUCUACACCUUCCAGUUUGAGGAUUUCCCCAUGUACUGGAGGAACCUGACGGGCCUCACCGACGAGCAGCUGGGCGACCUGGGUCUGGAGCAGUUCAGCGUCUCCGAGCUCUUCUCCAGCACCCUCAUCCCGGGCUUCUUCCUCCUGGCCUGCAUCCUCCAGCUCCAUUACUUCCACCGCCCCUUCAUGCACAUCACUGACCUGGAGCACAUCCCUGCUGCCACCAUGCCACCCUGCCACAUCCCCAGACCUGAGGAGCUGCACGGGAGCCGGCUGCUGCGGGAUGCGGCUGCUGCCGAGAAUGCCGGGACGGGUGACUCCGACACCGCGUCACAGGCGCCCACCAAAUGGGGACUGGUGCUGGAGCGCCUGAUCGUGCUGGGCUGGACCUUCUCGGACACGCUGACCCGCGGGCAGGUCUUCGUGGGGCGCCUGUUGGAGCUCCACAUCCUCAAGCUGGUGGCUCUCUACACCGUCUGGGUGGCCCUGCAGGAGGUAUCGCUGAUGAACUUCUUGCUGGUGCUGCUGUGGGCCUUCGCCAUGCCCUACUGCCGUUUCCGCCACAUGGCCUCCUGCCUCUCCACCGUCUGGACCUGCAUCAUCAUCGUCUGCAAGAUGCUCUACCAGCUCAAGAUCGUCGACCCCAGCGAGUACUCCAGCAACUGCACCCAGCCCCAGCUCAACGGCACCAACCUGAGCCCGGAGGAGCUGGGUAACUCCACGCUGUACCGCGGCCCCGUGGACCCUGCCAACUGGUUCGGCAUCCGCAAGGGCUACCCCAACCUGGGCUACAUCCAGAACCACCUCCUGGUGCUGCUGCUGCUGGUGUUCGAGGCGGUGGUGUACCGGCGCCAGGAGUAUUACCGCAAGCAGCACCAGCUGGUGGCCCCCGUCACCGAGACCAUCUUCGAGGACAUCUCCCGCGAGCAUCUCGACCACGGCCUCGGCAGCUGUGCCAAAUACUUCCUCAACUACUUCUACUACAAGUUUGGCUUGGAGAUCUGCUUCCUGAUGACAGUGAAUGUGGUCGGGCAACGGAUGAACUUCAUGGUGAUCCUGCACGGUUGCUGGCUGGUCGUCAUCCUGACGCGGCGCCGGCGGGCGGCCAUCGCCCGCCUCUGGCCCAAGUACUGCCUCUUCCUCGUCGUCUUCCUCCUCUACCAGUACUUGCUGUGCGUGGGCAUGCCGCCCGCCCUCUGCGUGGACUAUCCGUGGCGCUGGACCCGAGCCCUCCCUUUCAACUCGGCGCUCAUCAAGUGGCUCUACCUGCCUGACUUCUUCGUGGCCCCCAAAUCCACCAACCUCAUCAACGACUUCGCGCUGCUGCUGUGCGCGGCCCAGCAGUGGCGGGUCUUCGAGGCCGAGGGCACCGAGGAAUGGCUGCGGGCGGCCGGCGAGAACACCGACCGGCUCGACCUGGCACGGGACCCCCACAACCCCACGCCCAACUUCAUCCACUGCCGGUCAUACCUGGACAUGGCGAAGGUGGUGGUCUUCCGCUACCUCUUCUGGUUCGUCCUGGUGGUGGUCUUCAUCACCGGGGCCACCCGCAUCAGCCUCUUCGGCCUUGGCUACCUGCUGGCCUGCUUCUACCUCCUCCUCUUCGGCACCGCCAUGCUGCGCAAGCCGGCCCGGGCUCGCCUCGUGCUCUGGGACUGCCUCAUCCUCUACAACAUCACCGUCAUCAUCUCUAAAAACAUGCUGUCGCUCCUCUCCUGCGUCUUCGUGCAGCAGAUGCAGAGCAACUUCUGCUGGGUGAUCCAGCUCUUCAGCCUGGUCUGCACCGUCAAGGGCUACUACGACCCCAAGGAGAUGGGCAAGGACCAGGACUGCUCGCUGCCCGUGGAGGAGGCGGGCAUCAUCUGGGACAGCAUCUGCUUCUUCUUCCUCCUGCUCCAGCGCCGCGUCUUCCUCAGCUACUACUACUUGCACGUCAUGCUGGACCUCCAGGCCUCUGCCCUGCAGGCUUCCAGGGGCGUCGCGCUGUUCAAGGCCAGCACCCUGAAGAGCAUGCGCUCCCACCGGCAAGCCGAGAAGAAGUCGCUGGCCCAGCUGAAGCGGCAGAUGGAGCGGAUCCGAGCCAAGCAGGAGAAGUACCACCAGGAGCGGCUGCCCCGCGGCACUGGCGAGGGGCAGGAUGAGGCCAGGCCAGCACCCGGCAGCCCGGCGGACCCUUCCCGGCAGAGGGAGCGGUGGUGGCGGCCAUGGUUAGACCACGCCGCAGUGCUGCAUUCGGGGGAAUACUUCCUCUUCGAGUCGGACAGCGAGGAGGAGGAGGAGGCAGCGGUGCCGGAGGAGCCGCAGCCGGGCAGGCAGAGCGCCUUCCAGCUCGCCUACCAGGCCUGGGUGACCAACACCAGGACGGCACUGCGGCAGCAGGAGCAGCCGGAGGCAGCCGGUGCCGAGGUCGCUGCAGGGGACAGCGGAGGGAGGGAGGAGGAGUUGGAAGCACCUGAAGAGGCUGAAGGCCAGGAGGAAGAGGAGGAGGAAGGCUCCGAGCGGGGCAACGUGGUGCAGCGAGUGCUGAACACCCUGCGGUUCCUGUGGGUGCUGUGCCGGGCCAUGGUGGACGGGCUGACCCAGUGGCUGGACGCCUGCACGCGGGAGCACACCGACAUGUCCACCGUCCUGUGCCUCGAGAGAUACGUCCUCACGCGCCGGCUGGCCACGGGAGAGGACGUGCACCGCGGGGUCCUGGACGAGCUCUACCUGCUGCCGCCGGAGGAGCCCCCAGCUGAGGAGCUGAGCGCACGGGGGGCCGGGGGUGCGGACCCCCAAAACGGCGUCGCUUCCAGCGGGCACCAAGGAGCAACCCCCGGCCCGGCGGGAUGCCCGCUGCCCACCGGCAGCCAGGAGCAGGUGACAAUUUCGGAGAGCCAGGAGGACGUGGCUGGGUCUCAGGAGCUCCUGGCCUUGCCCCAGAACCGGAGCCGGACGGCCAGCGAGCUCCUCCUGAGCAGGCGGCUGUACUUCCCCGAGCUGGAAGAGUCGGAGCGGUUUUAUCGGUCCCACAACCGGUUCCUGAAGCUGCUGCUGGCCGGGUACCGCUGCGUGGCCGCCCACUCCGAGCUGCUCUGCUACUUCAUCAUCAUCCUCAACAACAUGGUGACUGCCUCCGUCAUCUCCCUCUUCCUGCCCAUCCUCGUCUUCCUCUGGGCCAUGCUCUCCAUCCCCCGGCCCACCAAGCGCUUCUGGAUGACCGCCAUCAUCUUCACCGAGGUGAUGGUGGUGGUGAAAUACCUCUUCCAGUUUGGGUUCUUCCCUUGGAACGGCUACACCAUGCUGGUGCGCAACGAGGGCAAGCCCUUCUUCCCACCCCGCAUCCUGGGCUUGGAGAAGACCGACCGCUACAUCAAGUAUGACCUCAUCCAGCUCCUGGCCCUCUUCUUCCAUCGCUCCCUGCUGCUGUCCUACGGGCUGUGGGACCACGAGGAGGACUCCUUCCCCAAGAAGAAGGCAGAGCGGGUGGAGGACGAGGAAGAAGAGGAGAGGCGGGAGGAAGCAGCGUCCCCCGUGGGUGAGGAAGGGACGGAGGUGCCGGCAGAGCCGGGGGCACCGGGCGCAGCCGCGGGGCCGGAGCCGGAGGGUGAUGCCGUGGGGCAGGAGAAGGGGGCCGGGGCGACGCAGCUCCGCUUCAGGAGGAAGAGGCGAUGGGGGAAGAAGCAGCCGGAGGCGGCUCCGGAGGAAGGGGAUGGGGAGGAGGAGGAGGAGGAAGAGGAAGAGGCAAAACAGAGCCACGCUCAGAAGAAACUGAAGGCGUUUGGGCUGCAGGUCAAGCUCUUCUUCCUCACCAUGGCGCAGAACAUGUACCGGCCGGUGCGCGGGUUCUUCUGGGACAUCCUGCACACCCAGCACCGGGCGGCCACCGACGUCUACGCCUUCAUGUUCCUGGCCGACGUGGUCGACUUCAUCAUCAUCAUCUUCGGCUUCUGGGCUUUCGGGAAACACUCAGCGGCCGCCGACAUCACCUCCUCGCUGUCGGAUGACCAAGUGCCAGAGGCCUUCUUGGUCAUGCUGCUCAUCCAGUUCACCACCAUGGUCAUCGACCGCGCGCUCUACCUCCGCAAGACCGUGCUGGGCAAGCUCAUCUUCCAGGUCAUCUUGGUCUUCAGCAUCCACCUCUGGAUGUUCUUCAUCCUGCCGGCUGUCACCGAAAGGUUGUUCAGCCUCAACACGGUGGCCCAGCUGUGGUACUUCGUGAAGUGCAUCUACUUCUCGCUGUCCGCCUACCAGAUCCGCUGCGGCUACCCCACCCGCAUCCUGGGCAACUUCCUCACCAAGAAAUACAACCACCUCAACCUCUUCCUCUUCCAGGGGUUUCGCCUCGUGCCCUUCCUGGUGGAGCUGCGGGCCGUCAUGGACUGGGUCUGGACGGACACCACGCUGUCCCUCUCCAACUGGAUGUGCGUGGAGGACAUCUACGCCAACAUCUUCAUCAUCAAGUGCAGCCGCGAGACGGAGAAGAAAUACCCCCAGCCCAAGGGGCAGAAGAAGAAGAAGAUCGUGAAGUACGGCAUGGGGGGCCUCAUCAUCCUCUUCCUCGUGGCCAUCAUCUGGUUCCCGCUGCUCUUUAUGUCGCUGGUGCGCUCCGUGGUGGGCGUUGUGAACCACCCCAUUGACGUCACCGUCACCCUCAAGCUGGGGGGGUACGAGCCGCUGUUCACCAUGAGCGCCCAGCAGCAAUCCAUCCAGCCCUUCACCCCCCAGGACUACGAAGCCCUCACCAACCAAUUUGAGAGGCAGCCGGUGGCCAUGCAGUUCAUCACGCUGUACGGCUACGAGGACAUCGUGAGGGCUCGCAUCGAGGGCAGCUCGGGCUCGCUCUGGAGCAUCAGCCCCCCCAGCCGGGAACAGAUGCGACGAGAGCUGCAGAACGGCUCCUCCGACAUCACCCUCCGCCUCACCUGGACCUUCCAGAGGGACCUGGGCAAAGGGGGGACGGUGGAGCACACCUUCGACAAGCACACCACCGACCUGCAGCCCGGCGCGCCCCAGCGCAUGGAGCUGGCCCAGCUGCUGCAGGGCACCCGUGAUGCCCCCGUGCAAGUGCCCAAACUCUUCCCCAAAUACAUCCGGGCGCCCAACGGUCCCGAAGCCAACCCCGUCAAGCAGCUGCUGCCAGACGGGGAGGACAGCUACCUGGACGUGGAGGUGCAGCUGAAACGGGAGCGUGCGGGUGCCGGCCGAGGGGGUGACAGCUUUUUGGAGUGGUGGGUGGUACGGCUGAAGGAGGCCACCCCCAGCGACGGCAACAUCCUCCCCAUGAUCAUCUUCAACGAUAAAGUCAGCCCCCCCAGCCUGGGCUUCUUGGCUGGCUACGGGAUCAUGGGGCUGUAUGUCUCCAUCGUGCUGGUGAUCGGGAAGUUCGUGCGGGGUUUCUUCAGCGAGAUCUCGCACUCCAUCAUGUUCGAGGAGCUGCCCUGCGUGGACCGCAUCCUGAAGCUGUGCCAGGACAUCUUCCUGGUGCGGGAAACGGGCGAGCUGGAGCUGGAGGAAGAGCUCUACGCCAAGCUCAUCUUCCUCUACCGCUCCCCCGAGACCAUGAUCAAGUGGACGCGGGAGAAGGAGUAAGGGGAAGGGGCUCUGGGCCCCCCCCCCCCUUCCCGGGGACAUCACCGCCAAUGCCUUAACCAGUCCCCCCCCCCCGCAACAAGCUGGGGCCGUAUCUUGCUGGGGGAGGCAGUGGGACGCAGGGUGCUCGGCGCUCGCUUUUAGGGAGGAUGUUUUUCUUGCCGUCUGACCUGCGGAGACCACGUCGUGCCUUCCCGGGGUGGGGGACAGGAGCCGGCCCCCCCCCCCCCCCCCGCUGGGCACCCCUGGCUGCCAGGUGGAGGGGGGGUUGGUCCGGAGCCAGCCUGUGCCCCCUCCCCGCUCUCCCCAGCCCUGCUCCAGAACCAGGUUGAACUCAAAAGCAAUAGCCCCCCAGCCCCAGGACAGGGGGGCCCUGGGUCAUGGCCCCCCCAAACAGGGGUGGGGGCUGGCAGCCCCAGCUGGACUCUAGACACUUGUGACUUUGGUUUUGUUUGGUUUUUUUUUUUUUUUUUUUAUUAAUUCAAAUGGUUUAUUUAUACAGAUAUCUAAUAAAACAAAGCUGAGGCC